AGUCAGUAGACUGUUUAUAAAAUAAAAGUGCGAAUGUGAAUGUAAUAAAUUAUUCACAUAUUACGUUAUUACGAUACCAAUUUUUCUCAAAGUUCGCGAUUCGUUAUCAACUAUGGGGGCUGGAUAUAAUUGCAUGAAAUACUUGUUCAUAGUGAUCAACAUCAUAUUUUUGCUGUUUGCCAUUGCUGGAAUAUCAGUUUCAAUAUGGAUGUUUGUGGACCCAACUAUUCCACUACAUUUCACUCAAGAGUCUAAGGACUAUUUGAUUUCCACAGUCAUCAUUCUUCUGGCUUCUAUUAUUCUUUUGAUACUAUCUAUUUUGGGAAUCUACAGUGUUGGCAAAGAAGUCCGAAAAGCUCUUGUUGUGUCUUUCUGCCUUCUUUUGAUCAUUGUGGUUGCUGAAAUUGCGGCAGGUGUUUGGGGUUACAUUAACAGAGAAGGUUUGGAAGCCCAUAUCCGGGCUUCUGUUAAGAGCACUGUGAGAGAUGAUUAUGUCAAUGAUCAGAAUAUCAGGGAUCUGUUUGAUGCUAUCCAAUCAAAGAUGCACUGCUGUGGCGCCGAGAGGCCGACCGAUUGGACCCGCGGCAAAGAAUUCAAUAUGGCCGUCUCCGCAAACGCCAAAUUAUUUUCUAUCCCGGCCAGCUGUUGCCGAGAAAACAUGUCUUCACAAAGGUGCCUCGAAGCCAUCACAGAUCUGAAAGUGGGCAGCGAGCCUGACAAAACCGUAAUUUACGAUAACGGUUGCUACACACUGAUUCUCGAUAAAUUGAAGGAGAGCGUUUGUAUCAUUCUGAUAGUGGGAGGGGCUAUUCUUUCCGUCCAGCUCCUGGGUUUGAUUUUGGGUUUGAUUCUCGCUUGUUCCAUGAACAGACCUCACAGAUAUAAGGCCUAAAGUGGUAGGUAAAUGGUUUGUUGUGGUAGCAGUGGAGUGAAUCUGAGGCUGGAAAAUUGAGUUCUGAAAACUUUGGCCAUGUUUGGUGAACAACAAGAUGAGUUCAUAUUUCAUUAAAUCUCUCCAGUUCUAUUGGUCCUAUCACAGUUGACUCCAUGUAUGUAGUCUCGUUCUCAACUAGGCAACACUGCAGCACUGCACAGCCUACUAUAGUCUUUGAUUCAGAGUGAUAGGAUUUUAAUUUUGAAUAAAACAACAAAGGUUUGACAUAUCAACUUCAUUCCUGCUUUAUUCCGCCAAGAAAAUAAACCAAGGGUGUCAAAUCACAUCACCUUGACGGCCAAUUCACAAAUCCUCGAACAUUACUGCAUUGUCCAAACUCUAAAAUAAAGCAGGAAUUAAGUUGAUAUGUCAAACUUCUGUUGUUUAAUCCAAAAUUAAAAUCCUAUCAUUCUUUAUGAUGAAACACCCUUUACAUCCCAGAUAAGAAUAAAGUGAAUGGCAUGGGCAGAGCCCGCUUUACACUAGCGAACCCGCUAAAUAUAAAUAUUUGAGAAUGCUUGCAGAGUUUAGUGAUGAACCAACUAUAUAUUUGUGUAAUGACAUCGAUAAUUUAUUGGGCAGAAUACAAAAUAAAUGAAAUCUUUAGUUUUUGAGUGAAUAACACAAUAUUGAUUUUGAUAGUUGAAAUUGAGGUUAUAGUAUCUUGUUUGUGGCUAAUAGACCUUUUGCGGCUGACUAAGGAAGUAAAACCGAAUUCGUGUCCUGGUAUUAUUAUACGACAUUAAUGAUAUAAUCACCAUAUAAACCUUUGCUGGUAAAUAAUAUAUCAACUUUCAAUUUUAUUCAAGACUGUUGAUAGAUACCCGACCGGUAAACUAACCACUUCCAUUUUUCAUUAUCAAUAACGAUAUCGCUAGUGUGAACUAAGCGAGGUCAAACAGUGCCUAUUUCAUUACACACUUUAUUCUCAACUGGAAUGUACUCUGAUGGUCCAAUCUGGAAAAGAAAUAUAAUAUUUAUUUUUUUUAUCAAUUCUACUGUACAUAUUGUACGUACAACUAACAAUACACAACCAUUUAGUUACAUAAUAUCUCGUAAACUAUGUUAUAAAAACAAAAUUGAGAGAUGAAUACAAAUGGCAUCUUUGCCUUCAUUUGAAUAUUCAGUUGAACCUUGGGGUCUCCAGUUUUCGGUAUGAAAUUUCAAAUGGGACAUUUUUUCCUUUGUUCAUAGUAUGUGUUUCAGUUUUGUAAGCAGUACUUUGAACACUUCUUGAAUACCAAACUUCUGCUACCCCUGGCAUCGUAAAUUAAUUUGUCAAUAAAAAACACCAUACAGGUUCUUUCCAAAAGUAUACCUAACACUUACCUUGUUAGUUGAAUGAAAAUAAAAUCACUGUCCUCAAGGGAAGCCCAGAUUUACUCCACUACAGGGUCGGAUUUUCAAAUUGUUUUAUGAGAAACACCUUUGAAAAUCAAGAAGAUGAAUCUAUAUCUAUAGUUAGUUUAUCAUUCUUUGACUCACCAAUACUCAUACGUACAAAAUACUUUGAACUGUUUGUUUUGAAUCUCUACAAAUACCUUAUUUUCUGAUGAUGUUUAUGCC